AUGGGCCUCGCUGCGCUGGAAGUUUCAACUCUAUCUAGAGCCCCCGGCAGCGGGCGCAACGGAAAAAUAUCCCCCGAGCUGGAGAAGCCGCGGAGACCCGCGCCCCGCCGGCUUGCCCGUCGCCUAGUUGUCCAUGGCGGCCGCGAUGGGCGCCGUGAUCCGGCGGAUGCACGCGGCGGCGGCGGCGGCGCAUCCCCCGCGCCUGACGAAGCUCGCGCUGCACCCGCCCAAAUCCGUGGAGGUUGAAUUUGCAGAUGGUAGCUCAUUUCAUCUGUCAGCAGAGUUUCUCAGAGUAUACAGCCCUGCAGCUGAUAGCAAAAUCAGAUCAGUGGGCGGUGAAAAGGUUAUAUUUGGGCGACGGCACGUUGGAAUCAUGUCAGCUGAAUCAGUAGGGAACUACGGAGUCCGGAUACUCUUUGAUGAUUUGCACAAGACGGGGAUCUUCACAUGGGAUUACUUGCACCAUCUGGGUUCUAAUAAGUUCAGUCUGAUGCGAAGUUACAUCAGAACUUUGAGAAAGCAUGGACUCAGCCGGGAUCCCCGGAGAAGGAAAUGAAGGAAACGAUAGUCUCUAGACCACCUCACCUUGUGCUGCACGGAUUGCUCUGUCAGGCUUCGCCUGCCAUGUAUCUGAAGAGCUGCUCGAUUUAGUGUUAGUUGUAAACCACAAGGAGAUGAUUAACUACUGAGUGACAGUAAUGCACUAAGGAUGGAAAGAAGUUUGAUGGAGUUGAUUGACUUGUUGGAAUUGGACAAACACUUCCAGUUUUCAUAACGUGUGCA